AUGCCUUCACCCUCCGAUGGGCAAGACCCAGAAUCUCCCAAAGCAGUACAGACCCGACCGCGGGCUCCUACAAUUAGUAUAGACGAUUCCGCCGUCAAUUCUCCUCUCUCCCCUGAAGAACCUCCCAGUGCGGCAUCAGAUAAACCUGGUCCUCUGCCUCGAAUACAAACAUCUGGGCUCGAUUCCGGACCUACUCUAUCCUCUCCACUUUCAGUGUCGCCAACCGAUGUUCGGCCGUCCUUUGACAUACGCGAGUCCCGUCCAACCUCUCCCCAUAAUGUUUCCUCUCCCAGAACCCAGUUCCUGGAUGGAGCUGCCCACAAUUUCCUGGCAGUCCCCGGCUCAAGAGCAAGGGCGACGUCAAUGGAGUCUCAAAACUCGGCUUCCACUUCUGAAUUCGGGGGGGAAACACAGAUCGCUUCAACCAUUUCCGGAACGGACGAUUUACGCAAGAACUCGUUGAACAAUAACGACGAUGUGAUGAACGAUGCAGACGCGCUGAGACCAGAUCCUGGAACGGAGGCAGAUUUUGAAGUUGAAGACAACAAGUUUGCGUUUAGCCCGGGACAGCUGAAUAAGAUGAUCAACCCCAAGAAUUUGGCCGCCUUUCAUGCUCUUGGCGGCUUAAGAGGUCUGGAGAAGGGCUUGCAGAGUGAUCGUAACAGCGGUCUAAGUGUAGAUGAAGUUGGUUUAACUGGAACUAUCGACUUUAAAACGGCCGUUCAGUCAGGCGUUGAGGCCGAACAACACUACGGCACUGUGAAGAGAACCCUCACCUCCAACUCGUUGACGGCCCCAGCGAAGAUUUCCGAGAACUCGUUUGCUGAUCGCAAACGUGUUUUCAAGGACAAUCGGCUCCCGGAAAAGAAAGCCAAAACUUUCUGGCAACUCGCCUGGAUUGCCUACAACGAUAAGGUACUGAUUUUGCUGUCUGUUGCUGCUGUUAUCUCGCUUGCACUUGGUAUCUACCAGACUGUCAAUCCUGCGCCAACUGAAGAGCAUGAAGCCCGAGUCGAAUGGGUCGAAGGGGUGGCCAUCAUGGUCGCCAUUUUUGUCGUUACUUUCGUGGGCGCAUUGAAUGACUACCAGAAAGAGCGUCAAUUCAUUAAAUUGAAUCGCAAAAAGGAAGAACGCUUCGUGAAGGUCAUCCGAUCCGGAAAGUCUCAGGAAAUCUCAGUCUACGAUGUUUUGGUUGGUGAUGUUAUGCACCUGGAGCCGGGCGAUCUGAUACCUGUGGAUGGCGUCUUCAUUGAUGGCCACAACGUACGCUGCGACGAGUCCUCAGCAACUGGUGAAUCUGACAUUAUUCGCAAAACGCCUGGGGACGAGGUCUAUCACGCAAUUGAAACGCAUCAAAACUUGAAAAAGAUGGACCCGUUCAUCCUAUCCGGCGGUAAGGUAUCCGAGGGCGUCGGCACAUUCCUUGUCACUGCAACUGGCGUCAACUCGAGCUACGGCAAGACCUUGAUGUCCUUACAGGACGAGACCCAGACGACACCUCUGCAAAUGAAACUCAAUGUCCUCGCCGAAUAUAUUGCGAAACUCGGUCUAGCUGCCGGUCUCUUACUCUUUGUGGUGCUAUUUAUUAAGUUUCUGGCAGAGCUCAAGAAUAUCGAUGGAGGUGCUCAGAGCAAGGGUCAACGCUUCCUUCAGAUUUUCAUCGUUGCGGUCACCAUCAUUGUGGUAGCGGUGCCCGAAGGCUUGCCCUUGGCUGUCACGCUUGCCCUUGCGUUUGCGACGACGAGGAUGCUAAAGGACAACAACUUGGUGCGACUCUUGCGAGCCUGUGAGACCAUGGGCAAUGCUACUACUGUAUGCUCGGACAAAACCGGAACAUUGACGCAAAAUAAAAUGACGGUCGUCGCCGGCACGCUGUCUACCGCUUCUAGAUUCGGCGACAAACAACAGCCCAUCAACUCUACCGUUGCUGAAGAUACUAUCAUCAAAGGUACUGGUGUGGUGGCUGAUGAUGUGUCCUCGGCCGAAUUCUUUGCGACACUUUCUCAGGACACGAAGUCACUCCUUAAGGAUUCGAUUGUCCUCAAUACCACUGCUUUUGAGGGUGAAGAAGAGGGCAAGAAGGUGUUCAUCGGCUCCAAGACUGAAACAGCCCUGCUAACAUUCGUCGUGGACCAUCUUCCCAUUGGAUCGAUUGGUGAAGAGCGCUCGAAUGCUGAGAUUGCUCAAAUGGUUCCGUUUGAUUCUGGUCGCAAAUGUAUGGCUAUCGUCGUCAAAAUGCCAAGUGGCAAAUACCGUAUGAUGGUGAAAGGGGCAUCUGAGAUCCUCAUUUCGAAGUGCACCAGGAUCGUCAGUGACCCGACAAAGGAAUUGGUGGAUGCACCAAUGACCCUAGAUCAAAUGGACGCCUUGAACGGCAUCGUCAGCAACUACGCAUCGCGGUCUCUGCGCACCAUUGCACUGCUCUACCGUGAUUUCAAUGAGUGGCCACCACGUGGUGCCGCUCUUGCGGACGACAAGAAACAAGCAGACUUCGACAAGGUCUUCAAAGACAUGGUCUUCCUUGGGGUUGUUGGUAUUCAGGAUCCCCUUCGUCCAGGCGUUGAAAAGGCGGUUCGCGACUGUCAAGUUGCCGGUGUGUUUGUGCGUAUGGUGACGGGUGAUAACAUCAUGACCGCAAAGGCGAUCGCGACUGAGUGUGGUAUCUUCACACCAGGUGGAAUUGCUAUGGAAGGCCCUGUGUUUCGGAAACUGAGCUCAAAGCAGCUGACGCAGGUCAUCCCGCGUUUGCAAGUGCUCGCCAGAUCAAGUCCUGACGACAAGAAGCUACUUGUGAGCCAUCUAAAAAAGCUCGGGGAGACUGUGGCUGUCACUGGUGAUGGUACCAAUGACGCACCGGCGCUGAAAGCUGCAGAUGUUGGCUUCGCCAUGGGUAUCGCUGGCACAGAGGUUGCCAAGGAAGCGUCGGCUAUCAUCCUCAUGGACGAUAACUUUGCGUCGAUCGUCAAAGCCAUUUCCUGGGGCAGAACUGUCAACGACGCUGUCAAGAAGUUCCUUCAGUUUCAAAUUACAGUGAACAUCACAGCAGUCUUUCUGACGUUCAUUUCAGCGGUUGCUAAUGAUGACGAAAGCUCUGUACUGACGGCUGUCCAACUUUUGUGGGUUAAUUUGAUUAUGGACACGUUCGCCGCCCUGGCGCUCGCUACGGAUGCCCCUACUCCUUCCGUACUCAAACGGCGACCGGAGCCGAAGUCGGCACCGUUGAUCACAAUCACAAUGUGGAAGAUGAUCAUUGGGCAGUCAAUCUAUCAGUUGGUCGUGACAUUGGUCUUGUACUUCGGAGGAGACGGCAUCCUGUCCUAUCAAACACAACAUGAGAAGGACCGACUUCAGAGUACCAUCUUCAAUACGUUUGUGUGGAUGCAAAUCUUCAACCAAUAUAACUCGCGACGACUGGAUAACAAGUUCAAUAUUUUCGAAGGAAUGCUUCGCAAUUACUGGUUCAUGGGGAUCCAACUCAUCAUUAUCGGAGGCCAGUGCUUGAUCAUGUUUGUUGGAGGCCAGGCUUUCUCCAUCAAUCGAAUCAACGGGGCGCAAUGGGGAUACUCCAUUGUUCUUGGUGCACUCUCCGUCCCAGUGGCAGUCAUCAUCCGAUUAAUCCCCGAUGAGCUGUUCGCGAGACUAAUACCCCAUUUGCCACGAAGAAAGAAGCAUGGCCCAGAGUUUGUGCUCGAAGAUGAUGAAAAGGUGCAAUGGAACCCCGCAUUGGAAGAGAUCCGAGAAGAGUUACAAUUCCUGAAGAGAAUCCGCGGUGGCCGUAUCUCGGAGCUGGCUUACAAGCUGCAGCAUCCACGAGAUACGUUUCUCCCGCGGUCACGCAGUCCUUCGCGAUCGCGAUCGAACAGUGAAUUGCCACAGACACCAGAUGGGGACAAUGUUGUGCCAGAUACACUGACAGGAUCCCCGGCUACCCCGGAAAGGCCGAAACGACGGGCGAGAUCGAGCUCGAACUCGGUUUUCGGACCUGCGACAGCAAUGGCUGGGAUCAUUGCAGGAAGCAUUGCUGGAGGGUUCUCACCAAUUGAGCGGCGGCCUGAGGAACAAGAGACAGUGCGCUUCACCAGAGCUCGAUCUCAUUCCGGCGUUGAAGGGACAAGUGGUAUGGAAAUCCAUCCGGCGACACCAGCAGACGACCCUGUUUUUGCUCGCUCGGCUCCUAGGGCUGGCGUUCCUCCCAGCCAAGAUCCUGACUUGGCUCCGCAUUUCGACUAUGCACCGCCGCACAGUCCUUCUGGGCGAUCCAAAACGUCACAUUCGCGACAUGGGUCUGCUGUGUGA